GUCUAUGAUAGCGCAUAAUAGAACCUGUCCGACCCACACAACAACCAAGUGGAAGAGGCCGAAGAGCUCUGAAGUGAAAGUGUCGGCCUCUACUUCGCCGAGGUCCGUCCGAGAUGCACAGCUGAGUGCGACACGGCGCCACACUUCAAAUCGCCACCACUUCCAAACCACACGCGACACUCGCGCCGUAAGCGCAAGGGGUGUUUUUUAGCGUCGGCAGCGUCGCGACGUCCGCGUAAAGUGUCUUUACGACGAUUGGUUCGCGCGCUAUUUGUGUAAGAAAGUGCAUGUGCAAAGGUGAUGCAAGGAUUGGGACAUUAUUCACGUGCCAGGGAUUGGUGCUUAAUGCCGGGACGACGAUAGGGCGGAAAACAGCACUUUUUCGCAUGUUGCCCGUCUUGGAUGCAUCCGAAAGUGAGUACAAGUUUUCAGUGAAAUUUGUCAAGGACUUCAUAAAUGUCACAUCAACCAAGAUCUGUUUCUUGCUGUUAGAAAAUAUGCAAUCGGACGAUGGAUUCGAGGAUCGGCCUGGACUUCAUCGUGGAGAAUCCUGAGUACAUCAGGAAAUUGGCAGCAGCUCUCGACACCAACAAUGUCACCGUCAAGAAGCAAGUCUUUGAGCUCCUGUCCGCGUUGUGUGUACACAACGAAGAGGGUCACGCGCGCGCCCUUGACACUUUGGAACACUACAAGAAAUUAAAAGGUGAGAGAUAUAGACUGAAUGUGAUAGUCCAGGAGUUGAGCAGGGCCACAGCUGUGGACUACCAAACGGCCCUUGUGGCGUUUAUCAACUGCUUGAUUAUUUCCACGCCGAGGCUCACAGAUAGGAUAAGAAGACGCAACGAAUUCAUUGGAUGUCAUCUGCUUCCGGUGCUCAACAACUUAAGAAAAUGUGCCGAAGCCGAGCCCGAGCUGGCCGUCCAACUGGACGUGUUCGACGAGCAACGCGACAGCGACGACUCCCAGAGCCUUCAGGGCCCCCACGGCGUAGACCUCAACUCCCCCUUGGACGUCUUCUACGCCAUUUUGAAACAAGUUGCGGAAACCCCCCAAGAAAUCCCCUUCCUCAGCAUCCUGCAACACCUUCUGCGCAUCGACCCCAAAGAAGCCGUCAGCGACAUCAUUUGGGACACGGCUGAGCGCCUCGUCCACCGAGCCACUCUCCUGGAAAACCGCGAGGAUGCCGCCCGCCUUUUACGCGCCCCCAGCGCCCAAUCCAAAUUCUUCUGCCAUUGUCACCUCCGUUCCGAGUCUAGUCCCACCAGGAGGCAAUCCCUGAACACGCCCCAAAGCCCCACCCCUGCGCCAAUGGGCCAACCACUGCCACCCCCUCCGCCACCGCCGCCGAAUAUUCCGGCUCCGCCUUCCAUCCCGCCUCCGAUCCCGGCGCCGCCCCUCAAACCCGCCAUGCCCAAUCCUCCGCCCCCCGAAUGCGAUUCUGUGAUAGAGAAGUUACCCCAACAGGAGAUUCCGGCACCAAAAAUCAAAAUGAAGACGUUUAAUUGGAAUAAAAUACCGAAUAAUAAGGUCAUAGGGAAGAAUAAUAUCUGGACACAAGUGGCCUACAGUCAUCAAAAUUCGCCAAUGGCUGAUUUGGAUUGGUUGGAAAUGGAGGGGCUGUUCUGUCAACAGACACCCCCCACGAACUCUUCGGCGAGUUUGAGACGAGAAACUGCAACUUCGGAUACUCUAGAUAGAAGAAUACGGAAGGAAAAUUGCGAAAUUACGCUGCUAGAUGGAAAAAGGAGUCUCAAUGUUAAUAUUUUUUUGAAACAGUUCAGAAGCUCAAACGAGGACAUUAUCCACUUGAUUCGUGAAGGAGAACAUGAUGAUAUCGGGGCUGAAAAACUCAAAGGCCUUCUUAAAAUAUUACCAGAAGUUGAUGAACUAGACAUGUUGAAGUCAUUCGAUGGUGAUUUCAGUAAACUGGGAAAUGCGGAAAAAUUCUUGAUCCAAUUGACAAACUUGUCCAACUACAAACUACGAAUAGAAAGUAUGCUCUUGAAAGAAGAAUUUGCUUCGAAUAUGAGUUACUUGGAGCCUAGUAUCAAAUCGAUGAUUAUGGCGGCUCAAGAUUUGAUGACAAACAAACCGCUCCAAGAAGUUUUAUACAUGAUUUUGGUUGCUGGAAAUUUUUUAAAUGCGGGUGGUUAUGCCGGGAACGCAGCAGGUGUUAAAUUGAGUUCUUUGCAGAAAAUUACAGAUAUUAGGGCAAAUAAACCAAAUAUGAAUUUAAUACAUUUUGUGGCGUUGCAAGCCGAAAAGAAAAACUCAAAAUUGUUAACCUUCACCGACAACAUAAGUGUCCUAGAAGAUGCGGCAAAAACAACAGUGGAACAACUCCAAAACGAAAUCAACGUCCUCGACGUCCGAAUAAAAAAAAUCAAGAAACAAAUCGAACUGCCAACAACCGAGCCCGAAAUCAAAAACCAAAUGACCGAAUUUUUGCAAAUGGCCGAACGAGAAGUAUCAAACUUGCAACAAAACAUGGUAGAGUUGGAAAAGGUCCGAGUGCAACUGGCCGAAUUCUUCUGCGAAGACACGAACUCGUUCAAACUUGAGGAAUGUUUCCGGAUUUUCCACGGAUUCUACUGCAAGUUCCGACAAGCAGUGGGCGAGAAUGAGAGGAGGCGGAUUCAGGAGGAGCAAGCGAACGCGAGGCGGCGCCAACGGGAGGAGUUGUUGGCCUCCAAACGGAGACAAAUGGAAAAUUUGGGGGGCACCCCCGACUCUGACGUGCCAUUCAUCGACUUGCAAAUAUACGACAGCAGGCAUGGUUUUCCGAUGAAAAAGGGAUGGAAAACCACCAAUGGGACAUCCGAAGACGAGCUCUCCUCAGUGACCGGUUCCCCCUCUCUCUCGCGUCGUCGGUUGGGGUCAUUCAACGGCGAUCCGGAGAAAUCCCCCGAUAUCACCCCCAAUGGGAGUCUCCGGCGGCGCCGAAGCCGAGUUUUGUCGGAAGAAGACGAAGGAAAUCUCAUGGACUUCCUCCGGGCGUCUGAUAAUAACAGAGAACGACGGUCGUGGGGGAGUCUGGACCGGUCAUGGGCUCGCAAAGCUAGAGGUGGGAGUCAGAGGAAAAGACCAGCUUUGUUAGGAGCUGACUUCACGUCGGACCGAGAACGGCCCUCAUCGCCCUCACCUCUAAGCGAGUCGAAACCGAUUGUGUCAACUCCCGAGGAGGAAAAUAGCAAACCCAAGGAGUUGAGACAGAAAAUUGAGUCGUGGUUACAGGCUAGUGAGAGUGACCAAAAUGAGGAAACUCGGAGACAGACUCGGAGAAUUACGAAUCGGAGAUCGUUUGAGAUGGAUUCAGAGAGUGAGAGGAGCAGUACUUUGGACACUUUGCCUGAAGGAAAGCAAGUCUAUAGUGGCAGUCAGUCGAAUUAUAGGAAAGCAUACCCAGCUUGGGAGCCCUCGAAGACUAUAGACAACACGGAUGUUGUCAGUGCGAUGGAAGCAGUUGAAGAAGUCCAACCGCAAAUCAAGGACAAGUCAGCUUGGCGCAAAUCGACCUUGAAUGUUGCCAACAGCACUGAAGAAACUAAACACGAUUCAUCAGUGAGACUAACUCGACAUUUACCACAAGUGGUUGAGAACACAAAUGACCGGAAAACGCUGAUUAGCUCUCUCGGGGAACGCUCCCCUACCGAUAAACUAACUCUCUAUAUUAUCAAACCGAACGAAAGUCCCAAGACACGCCUUCGGGACUCCCCUCCAAGCCUCGAGGACCAAACCAUAAGCAACAAAGUCGAAAUAGAUCAAGACAAUAUUGAAACACCUCCUGCGACUCGCAAGAUUUUCAUCCCCACGCCCACUGAGAAGCGUGAACCGACUCAGCCCAGCCCCUGUCGCCGCCUCAUGGGUCGGCCACGUGACACGGACGAGCCCGAACCCAACCCGACUCUCGGUGACGGUCAAUUUGAUCGUUUUUCGGCCGCGAGGCGCACUCGAAGGUACAAACGGACCGACACCGAUCCCGAGGAACCCAAAGACGAGCCUGAGACCCGCCUUAAGGCGUGGCAAGACAAACUACAAAACCCCAGUAGGCGUUACCGGCACCAGACCGGCAUUAACCAGGAAGACGUCAAGUUGGCACUGACUAAAACCGAAAAAAUCGACAUUCCGAGGAAAAAUGACGAUGAGGGGUUCGAGGAGAGUCAGAGUUUGAUGUCGGAGUCGCCGAGUCAGGGGGCGUCAUCGGGAGGGAACUACGAGCCGGACGACUCUGCCCUUGUGUUAUACACGAAACCGAAACCAAUCAAAAGCGAGCCGCAGGUGAAUAAACCAAUCAAGACUGGUCAUGGGCGGGUCUUGGAACGGGGCGGGGUCAGACGCACGGUGCAGGAAACGCCCAAAAAGAGUGUGAUUCCCCGCAGGUCAGGGAGUUUGCGAAAAACUGAUUCUUCGUCAAAUGUCCAAAGGUCGAAUUCGAGGAAUAGUAUAGUCAGUUCGAAAAGUUCGUUAAAUAGCUCGGCCUCGGCUUGUACGGUUAAGAAAAUGCCGGUUAAAGGAAGUGUCACCAAAGUCCCGCCCCCUAAACCUGUGAAAAGGACACUCUCGACUGGAAGUACGACAGGGACUCGACCCCCCAGGCCCUUGGCUAUGUCUUUCAUGAAACCAACAACCUCUAGCUCGACAAAAGUACACACAAUGGGGACCACGGCCAAAAAUGGCGUGUUUAGAACAAAGUAAUCACUCAUUUUUUUCACUAGUCAAAAGUGCAUUAUUUAGGAUAUUGAGGGUCCAUCGAGUGAUAGAUGGACGAAACACGAUAAAAACUAAAUCAUUUAUUCCUACAAACUUUGACAGUCUCAUUUUUUCAUACAGUAUUAUGACAAAUCACAAAAUAAAAGACUAACCUCAACUCACCUAUUUAGGUACCGACCACAUCAGAGCUUGGUAGCGAUAAUUUAUUAUAUAUUUUUUUAUGAUUAUACUUAAUGAACUAAUAACUAAUAAUGACAUAUUUAUUUGUUACCAAAUAUUUACUUGUAGGUAAUACAUCUUCUAUUAAAA